AGGUAGGAUACAUAAAUAUGACUCAUGAUGUGACAUUUGACAAGUAAUGUGAUAUUAACAGGAUAAACGGGACGCUUUGGACAGCAUCGGCUCAAUCACAGCGAUGUGGAAUGGUUACUUCUCAAUGAUUUCUCAGGUCUUCUACUAUCUGACAUUUCUGCUCGGAGUUCCAGGAAAUGUCUUUGUUGUGUACAUCGCUGGAAUGAAGAUGAAGAGGACCGUUAAUACGAUAUGGUUCCUUAAUCUAGCAAUUGCAGACCUCCUGUGCUGCUUUUCCACACUGUCCUAUAUAAUAUGGUACUUUAAUGAUCACUGGGAACAUGGAUCUGUCAUGUGCAAGAUUCUUCCAUUGGUUAUGCAUGUCAACAUGUUUGCCAGUGUCUUCAUCUUGAGUUUGAUUAGUCUGGAUCGGUUUAUCCAGGUGAUCACACCAGUUUGGGCUAAAAAUCAUCGCAGUCUGUUGCUUGCGCGACUGUCCUGUGUAGUAGCCUGGGUCCUGGCUAUAGCUCUUAAUUUGCCCUUUAUGAUAUUAAGAAGAGCCUCUGUACGUCAUAACAGCACAUACUGUCAAUCUUUUGGUAAUGAUGACUUUCAAACAUUUGGAAAGUUGACUAUCAUCAGGUUUGUGUUUGGUUUUUUGAUUCCUCUCAUAUGCAUCACGACAUGUUAUGGAUUCAUCGCACGAAAGUUAGGCAGGAGUCGUUUUCACACUGGACGAGCGUUUCGCAUCAUGUCAGCUGUUAUUGUGGCCUUUUUUCUGUGUUGGCUGCCGUACCACACUGUGUAUUUGAUCUGGGUAUAUAAUGUCAUGAAGGCUGAGAGACUUGUCCCAUUGGUCAACUCUUUGGCGUAUUUCAACAGCUGUCUGAAUCCAGUUCUGUAUUUUUUCAUAGGGCAGGAUAUUAAGGAGAAGUUUAAGCUUUCAAUAAAGUUAAAACAUGUUUUUGAAAGAGCUUUCUCUGAGGAGGGGACACAAAUACCACAAUCCACCGAGGCACAACAAAUAUAAUCAUUGUAGUUUGAAAAGUAACUAAUUUAUUCAGUCUUUUCUGAAUAAUAAAUCUUUCGUCAGAAUAACUUUUGCCUCUUCUACACAAUUUUUUUUUCUUUUCAAAACUAUCACAUAUCGCAAUCUGAAAUGUCUGAUGUGUAAAAUGAACUGAUGUAAAAUGAUAAAACAUAACAGGUAGUGUAUUCUAGAACUUUUAGGAAGUGUGUCUGGUGUCCUGUGCAUUUCAUUUAGAUUUAUUUAAAGUAUCAAUAAGUAAUUUUUCAAGUUUAGAUUAAAAAUAUAUCCUUCAGGUAACAACUGCAUGUAACCAUGGUGUAAAAUAUACUGUGUAGAAACAUUUGCAGUGUAACGUGGAGAAUAUAGAGAAGGAAUUUGGACAAAAAUGUAUGAGAAAAAAUAUUUAUAGCGAAGCUCAUAUUUUUUUUUCCAAUUAUUGUAUUUUAUUUGAUAAUAAUUGUUUAUGUCUGUUGAAUUGAAAUGAACUUGUUCAUGGAAGUGUGUGUGUUAAAUGUUAAAUGGGUCAUUCUACAAAAUCCAUAAAACUUUAUUUUACAAAUAUUUUUUUAUUUUUUAUUUAUUUGAGUGUUCCCAGUACUGUGUCUCUGACUUCUCACUGAUGUAUGAGCUGGUUUUGAUUAAAUGUCACAUUACAUUCUCUGUCAAGAAGCACAGUUUAAAUUAGUAUCAUGCUUGUUUAAUUAUUAA